AAAAAUGUAAAAACGUCAAAAAUAAAUAAAAAAGCAGAGAAGUGUUUUAUUUUGCUGCGAUUGCACUCACAACAAUUUUUCCCUUUUUUCCAAAUAAAACUUAAUUUCCACUCAAAUGCAAAUACAAAUCAUCUUAGAAAAAUAUGUCUGAAUCAAAAUCAGGUAAAACAGGCUGCCUAAUUCCAAAGCCAGAAAACCUAGAAUGCAAAAACCUUCAGGACUAUCUGAGAACUCGAAGUCACGAUGUGCUCGAGAAACUUUAUAACUAUCCAACUAUUUGUUUGGCUGUUUAUAGAGAACUCCCUGAGAUUGCCCGCCAGUUUGUAAUUAGAAUAUUAUUUGUGGAACAGCCAGUUCCCCAGGCAGUAGUCGCUUCAUGGGGGUCACAACAUUAUGCCAAGGAACAAGCAGCAUCAACAUCCUGCUUGACAGAAUUGAACAUUUGGAGAGUGACGGCGAUUCCAGGCGGUCUUUCAGCCUGGGAACUCUGUCCGACGUUCAAAAAGAAUCUUAAAAUAGCUCUACUGGGUGGUGGGAAACCAUGGUCCUUAUCUCAUCUGAUGGACAAAGAUGCCAAACCCAGAGACGUAGCAUUCCUCGAUAACUACGCUAUGGCGCGAUGGCGAUGUGUACUCCAUUACAUGGUUGGUGGAGGGACAACUAGCAAAGGCCAAGAUAGCGAAGGCAUCAGUCCAGAUGCUGUACGAAUUCUUCUUCAUGCAAACCUUAUGAAGCGAGACGAACGCGAUGGGACUCCAAGUAUUACCCGACAGGGAUUCCAAUUCCUUCUCCUCGACACACGAUCACAAGUCUGGCACUUUAUGCUUCAAUAUCUAGACACCUGCCAGGAGCGAAAUCUCAGCCUUCCCGAGUGUCUUUCCAUGCUCUUCCAGCUGAGUUUCUCGACUCUUGGUCGUGAUUAUAGUUCCGAAGGCCUCAAUCCCAAGAUGCUGACCUUCCUGCAGCAUCUGCGUGAAUUUGGCUUGGUGUACCAAAGAAAACGAAAAGAAGGUCGCUUCUAUCCCACCCGCCUGGCGCUAAACGUAACCAACAAAAACGGACCCGUUCCCACGGUUUCCAAUGAGGAAGACAAGAGUCAAGAUCCUGGCUACAUUGUCGUCGAAACCAAUUACCGAGUAUACGCCUACACCGACUCGAAUCUUCAAGUCGCCCUGCUGGGCUUGUUCACCGAAUUGCUCUAUCGAUUCCCCAACCUGGUGGUUGGGGUUCUAACUCGCGACUCGGUGCGGCAAGCUCUCCGCGGUGGAAUCACCGCCGAACAGAUUGUCAGCUAUCUCGAGCAGUAUGCCCACCACAAUAUGAAAACCACAGAAUCGGCCAUUAAAUCCCGAUCGCCACUACCUCCAACCGUCGUCGAUCAAAUCAAACUCUGGGAGAACGAACGGAAUCGGUUUGUCUACACCGAGGGUGUAGUCUACAAUCAAUUCCUGUCGCAGGCCGACUUCAUAACUCUACGCGACUAUGCUCAGUCCAUAAAUGUCCUGGUGUGGCAAAGUGAAAGAAAUCGCACAAUGGUAGUCACGAAAAAUGGCCACGACGAUGUGAAGAAAUUCUGGAAACGAUAUUCCAAAAGCGGUGGUUAAGGAUCCCAAAAACUGUAUCUAUGUUAUUGUUGAUUGAACUUAAAUAUAGAAUCAUAUCACGAUAAAA